AUGUGGGACCAGGCUGUGGAGGAUUCUAAUGACGACAGGGUGUGUCCUACAAUGGAUGCAGGACACAAUGAAUAAUUAUAAAACAUGAUACAGAUUUGUUGAAUCCAAUCUAGUGUCUAAACGUCAUAUCACCCUCUCUCUGUAGGAUCUACAAAAAGACCAGUGGCAACGGAUCUGUAAGGACCCCCUCUGACAUCAUAACUGUGGGACACACUGGUCAGGACCUGUUCUGAUGCGCUUAUCGCAUACCAGAGCAGGAAUCCUUAGGCUUCCUCUAACCGAGCCAAAUGUACAAACGGCUCCAUCAAGAUAACUGAGAUUUGGCCUAUUUAUAUGGUGUUGAUGACAGACAGGAAGUAACCUCUCUCUCUCCCUUUCUCCUUUUCCCAGAUUGCUCUCUACCUGGGGAAGAGAGACUUCGUGGACCAUGUGGAGAGUGUUGACAUCGUCGGUGUGUUAUGAAGUUAUCUCUGAAUAUCUUUGCUCUUUACUACUCUUAGAGUAGUGUGUUUUUUUUUGUGUGUGUUUUUCAUACAUAUAUUUUAUCUUGCAGAUGGGGUGAUCAAGGUGGACCCCGCUGAACUUGAAGGCAGGAAAGGUAACAUUCAGUUGAUUUCACUGUAUCUACUGAACCAGGAAAGAUGCAUGAAGUCAAAUUCAACCCAUCGAGGUUCAGUCUUGAUAUCAAAAAUCUAUCUCUAAUCUCUUUGCAGUAUGGGUGUAUCUGGCAUGCUCCUUCCGUUAUGGUAGUGACGACCUGGAUCUGAUCGGGAUGAACUACAGAAAAGACAUCUGGAUACAGAGACAGCAGAUCUACCCUGUUGUUGGCACCAAACCAGCCAACACCCCCAUGCAGGAGGCCCUCCUGAAGAAAUGUGAGGACCAAGGCCAUGCCUUCACUUUCAAUGUGAGUUUCACUGUGUGUUUCCUUCCGUCUCAUCCUUCAAGUGGCAUCACACAAAAAUAUAUUAUGUCUGUGCAUAGCUCACUGUUUAGCCACACAAAGUGUAAUCUCGGCCGCACUCUUAGCUGGUGUUGAAAACCACAUCAAAGACUUUUGUCACAAUGGACAUUCCCAUUAAUGGCCCAGUGCAGUCCAAAACUUUAUUUUCCUGUGUUUUAUAUACAGUGGGGAAAAAAAGUAUUUAGUCAGCCACCAAUUGUGCAAUUUCUCCCACUUAAAAAGAUGAGAGAGGCCUGUAAUUUUCAUCAUAGGUACACGUCAACUAUGACAGACAAAUUGAGGAAAAAAAAUCCAGAAAACCACAUUGUAGGAUUUUUAAUGAAUUUAUUUGCAAAAUAUGGUGGAAAAUAAGUAUUUGGUCACCUACAAACAAGCAAGAUUUCUGGCUCUCACAGACCUGUAACUUCUUCUUUAAGAGGCUCCUCUGUCCUCCACUCGUUACCUGUAUUAAUGGCACCUGUUUGAACUUGUUAUCAGUAUAAAAGACACCUGUCCACAACCUCAAACAGUCACAUUCCAAACUCCACUAUGGCCAAGACCAAAGAGCUGUCAAAGGACACCAGAAACAAAAUUGUAGACCUGCACCAGGCUGGGAAGACUGAAUCUGCAAUAGGUAAGCAGCUUGGUUUGAAGAAAUCAACUGUGGGAACAAUUAUUAGGAAAUGGAAGGCAUACAAGACCACUGAUAAUCUCCCUCGAUCUGGGGCUCCACGCAAGAUCUCACCCCGUGGGGUCAAAAUGAUCACAAGAACGGUGAGCAAAAAUCCCAGAACCACACAGGGGGACCUAGUGAAUGACCUGCAGAGAGCAGGGACCAAAGUAACAAAGCCUACCAUCAGUAACACACUACGCCGCCAGGGACUCAAAUGCUGCAGUGCCAGACGUGUCCCCCUGCUUAAGCCAGUACAUGUCCAGGCCCGUCUGAAGUUUGCUAGAGUGCAUUUGGAUGAUCCAGAAGAGGAUUGGGAGAAUGUCAUAUGGUCAGAUGAAACCAAAAUAGAACUUUUUGGUAAAAACUCAACUCGUCGUGUUUGGAGGACAAAGAAUGCUGAGUUGCAUCCAAAGAACACCAUACCUACUGUGAAGCAUGGGGGUGGAAACAUCAUGCUUUGGGGCUGUUUUUCUGCAAAGGGACCAGGACGACUGAUCCGUGUAAAGGAAAGAAUGAAUGGGGCCAUGUAUCGUGAGAUUUUGAGUGAAAACCUCCUUCCAUCAGCAAGGGCAUUGAAGAUGAAACGUGGCUGGGUCUUUCAGCAUGACAAUGAUCCCAAACACACCGCCCGGGCAAAGAAGGAGUGGCUUCGUAAGAAGCAUUUCAAGGUCCUGGAGUGGCCUAGCCAGUCUCCAGAUCUCAACCCCAUAGAAAAUCUUUGGAGGGAGUUGAAAGUCUGUGUUGCCUAGCGACAGCCCCAAAACAUCACUGCUCUAGAGGAGAUCUGCAUGGAGGAAUGGGCCAAAAUACCAGCAACAGUGUGUGAAAACCUUGUGAAGACUUACAGAAAACGUUUGACCUGUGUUAUUGCCAACAAAGGGUAUAUAACAAAGUAUUGAGAAACUUUUGUUAUUGACCAAAUACUUAUUUUCCACCAUAAUUUGCAAAUAAAUUCAUUAAAAAUCCUACAAUGUGAUUUUCUGGAUUUUUUUUCCUCAUUUUGUCUGUCAUAGUUGACGUGUACCUAUGAUGAGAAUUACAGGCCUCUCUCAUCUUUUUAAGUGGGAGAAUUUGCACAAUUGGUGGCUGACUAAAUACUUUUUUUCCCCACUGUAUAUUUCCAUACUAUGAGGUUGGAAAAAUACUGUGAAAUUGGUACAAUGAUUAUAAUGCCCUUUUAGUGUAAGAGCUGUUUGAAAAGACCGCCUGAAAUCUCAGCAUGUUUUGGUGGGAGGGAGUUUUGGCCUGCCUGGUGACAUCAAUUACUUAAUAGGCCAGUAAGAAAGAAAGAGAGUUCCAAACCUCUCUGCCAAUAACAGAUCGUUUUCAGUUUUCCCCUCCCUGACAAGAUUAGAAAGAUUCUUGCUUGAGAAUGUAAUCUUUGCUGAGAAGCUAUUUUUGUUUCUUUUUGACCAUUUUAAUUUAAAACAAUCACAGUAAGGUACUUAAUUGUUACCCAGAAAUGAUAUGAAAUUAGAUAAAAGCAGCUGCAUUGGACCUUUAAGGGAAAUUGACAUACUAGCCUGUUGGUUUGUAUCUAUCCACACCUCAUCACUUCCUGCUUCCUGUCCAUUUCAGAUUGAUAACAACCUGCCAUGUUCAGUCGGCCUUCAGCCUGCACCAGAGGAUGUCGGCAAGGUACGUUUCUCUCUCUCUCUCUAAUGUUCACUCUAUUUCUUAUUUCUCUUUUUUACUCUCUCAAUUUUAUCAUUUCAUCAAAGACAAAUCACUUCUUUGUUUUCUACCCCUGAAGGCUUGUGGUGUCGACUAUGAGGUGAAAGCCUACAUCGCCAAUGAGGCAGACGAUCCUGAUGAGAAAAUUAACAAGAAGUAUGUAUUAGUGGAAUGCCACUACUGUACAUACCAUUUGCUGUUGCUAGAAAUCGGAUUAUUGUGUGUUCUGAUGGUUUUCUCCCUCUCUUUCACUCUCCUGUCAGGGACACUUGCCGUCUGAUCAUUCGUAAGAUCCAGUUUGCCCCAGGAACAAUACCUGCUGGACCCCAUGCUGACAUCAGCAAGAACUUCAUGAUGUCUGACAAGCUAGUCCACCUGGAGGCCUCCAUAGAGAAGGAGGUAGGCCUGUAAUCCUUACAUGAAUUAGACUUUUCUCCUGUAAGCAUAGGAGAACAUUGAUUACUGUGCUAGUUUUCCAUUGAUGGAUCAAUCUGUAUGAUACCUGUUUAUUUGAACAUGUUUGCUUUCAUUUGGUGAUUUUCAGCUCUAUUUCCAUGGAGACCCAAUCCCUGUAAAAGUCAAAGUCAACAAUGAAACCACAAAAGUGGUGAAGAAAAUUAAAGUAACAAGUGAGUCAACAUAAAAGUGGUUGUGUCGUGAGUUCUCUGUCAUGACUGGCUCUGUUGGUAGAGCAUGGCGCUUGCAACACCAGGGUUGUUGGUUUGCACGAAUGACUGUAAGACGCUUUGGAUAAAAGCGUCUGCUAAACAGCACAUAUUUAUUCUCUGUCAUGAUUGCGUGUGUUUCAAAUCUUGUUUCUGACCAACACAUCUCUUUUUGACCAGUUGACCAGACAACAGAGGUGCUGCUUUACCAAGCUGACAAAUAUACCAAGACUGUUCUGAAUGAGGAAUUUGCGUAAGUCAAGAACACAUUCCUUCCAUUACUACUGUAAUCUAGAAUUACUAAAUCGUAUGUCUAUACCCCAAUACUGAAGUCAAACAAUAACAAAGUAUAUUUUGAUUUUCACUGUUGGUGAAUCACAACAUCUUGUUUGUGUGGUCGUCCUGCGCAGGGAGGAAGUAAAAGGAGAAUCCACCCUGGAGAAGACAUUCACGGUGAUCCCUCUUCUGUCCAACAACAAAGAGAAGCGUGGUCUGGCUGUGGACGGCAGACUAAAGGAUGAGGAUACCAACCUGGCUUCCACCACACUGUGA